CCGAGCACCUGGGUUGGCUGGAAACCCUGAGGCAAUGACAACCACGACCUCAACACCCUCAGGACAUGGCCCACCAUCUAAUUUAAAGAGAGGAUGAGGAGCGACGAGCUGGCAGUGACCAUGGAAGAGACCGGUGGGCAGGACGAUGCGGCGGCGACGCAGGGCGGCCCUUUGCCCGGCCUGGCACCAGCACCUCCCGGCCGCCUUGGGGCGCCAUAUUCCGAAGCCUGGGGGUACUUCCACCUGGCCCCGGCGCGCCCGGGACAGCCGUCGGGCUACUGGGCCACCUGCCGGCUGUGCGGGGAGCAGGUGAGCCGAGGCCCGAGCUUCCGCGCGGGCACCCCGGCGCUGUGGAGGCACCUGAAGAGCGCGCACCGGCGGGAGCUGGAGAAGAGCGCCGCCCGCUGCUCCCCGCCCCCGGCCCCCGGCCCCGCCGCGGCCGCUGAGGGCGACUGGGCGCGCCUGCUGGAGCAGAUGAGCGCGCUGGCCGUGCGGGGAAGCCUGCGAGAGCGCGAGCUGGCGCGGCGCGAGGCGGCCGUGGAGCAGGGCGAGCGCGUCCUGGAGCGGAGGCGAAGGGCCCUGCAGGAGGAGGAGCGCGCGGCGGCCCAGGCGCGGCGCGAGCUGCAGGCCGAGAGGGAGGCGCUGCAGGCACGGCUGCGGGAAGUGAGCCGUCGCGAAGGCGCCUUGGCCGCGGCCCCGCUGCAGACUCCGCUCAAGGAGGAGCCGGAGGGGGAGAGGGACGGCUACAUUAUCACUAAAGUCCACCUGUAGGUUUGGGCCGCUGCCGACGCCGCAUGCCAGCGCUGCCCCACGUGUGGUCCGCGGACCAGCGUCUUCGGCCUCACCUGGGAGCUGAAGCUCAGGCCCGCUGCCUCCUGGUGAAGCGGACUCUCCAACGGGGGCCUUGAAAAAGCUUCGGAAGCCUGGGCAGAACCAAAAAUCAUUUCCACUCUGCGGUCGCCUGGGAUGCCUGGGAGCGUGAGCUCCAGCGGCCCCCUUUGCCAUUGGCGUUUGGUGGGCAUCCGUGCAGGGAGAGGUUCUCCUCUAAACGCCUUGGGAAAUGAGAACUC